CUGUAAUGUCUUCAAUUGGAGUCGUCCCCUCUAUUAUCAAUAUCGAGGAGCAAUUUGCUAUUGUGCUCCAGGACUUCCUGGCCAAUAAGCAGCAGCAGAAUCCCCUUGAGAUUGUCUCGAAGUUCAAGGCCAUCUCUGCAUCCAGGGCCAUCCAAAUUGGCGAGUUGUUAGCCGAAGAUGAGACAAACCACAAAUUAAAGGAGGAGUUCGAAAACUGGGACUUAGAAACCAAGUUGUGGCAUUUGGUGGAAAUUCUCUAUAAUUUCAGAGCCUCAUCGAAACCAGAACUUUUACAAGAAUAUGCCUUUUCAUCCUUGGCUAUCAAGCAAGAAAAUUGGUUAAUCAACCACCCCAGAGUGAGAGAAUUGACCCUAAUCAUACAAUGGCUUCAGGUGAAUUUCAAGUCUUUGGACAGCUCGUACAUGGAGGAAGAUCUUCUGGGAAAGUGGACCAAAACAAGACAAUCCAUUAACAAUAAGGACUUGAAUGUAUUGGCAAAGGCUCAGAAUGUAUCUGAUAACUAUAUUGCAGAAUUAGACUCUGACGCUCCUUUGAGAUCCAAUAAGAAAAUAUAUCCCGAAGAUGAGGAUAUCGAUUCCAGAGCCUUCCAUGUUAUUUACAAAUUAUUACUUGCAAACAAAAAUGAAGAGGCAAUCGAAUUUGCCAAUAACACAGGAAACUACACUCUUGGUUUGAUUCUUGUUGGAUAUACCCAGGAAUACUAUGAUCCAAUAAUCGACAGACAAGCUGCCGAUGCCGACGAGUCAUUGUUAGAACAAUCGAAAGCUUCAGGUAUCAAGCACAAGUCAUUAUGGAAGAAGACUGUUUACAAGCUUUCCCAAAGAUCUAACAUUAACAGAUAUGAAAAGAUGAUUUACAACUUCUUGAGUGGUGGUGAUGUGUCUGAGAAUUUAAAGGAGUCGAAAGACAACUGGGAAGAAAGCUUAUUAUUAUAUUUAAAUCAGCUUUACCAGUACGAGUUUGAAGAGUUUUUGUCAUCUACUUUUGAAGAAACAUUAGCGUAUAAAACACCCAAGCCACAAGCUUCAAAUGUUAACGAAGUGUUGAACAUCUUGCUGAAGUCUGAAGGCAGUAUCUCUAAGGAAAGUAAUCACCCAUUAAGAAUCAUACAAGGUGGUGUGAUAAUAGAUGGUGUAACUUCAUUAUUACAUAGCUUGAUUACUUCGGGGGGAAACCUUCAAAUCAAGCCAUAUCUUGUCAGGGUUGUAACUCACUUGGCAAUUUUUCAAUUGUUGAUUGGCGAAUCGGGUAUUUUACAAGACGGUACCAAUAGCAUAAAUCCAAAGGAUAUAACAACGAUCAUUACCCUUUACAUUUCAGAAUUAUCAGAAUAUCAAUUGACUGAAUUGAUUCCAAUCUAUCUUACAACCAUUCCUGACGAAAAGGAUUCGAGAGAAACUUAUUCAUUAUUUUUGUCAUCCAUUACUGAUUCCAAAGAAAGACUCAGACAGCUUGAAAUUUCUAAGAAACUCUCCAAUCCUUUGGUGGUUGAUGAUAAUGAUCUAAUCGUGGUGGAUGACAGUCAAGAGAACAAAAUGACCAAUAUAUUGAGAAGAACUGUUGAAAGAGUGAUGAAGAAAACAGAAGACCAUUACAAACCACAAUCUAAGAUCGCAAUCCAGGAUGAUGUUGAGAAUGUCGAUGAAAUCGACUUUGAAUUGUACAGAUCUGUUGACUGGUUUUAUGAGAAUGAGAUGUAUGAAGAUUCUAUUACAGCCACAUUGAUCAUUAUUCGUAGAUUUUUGUUAAGUGGAAAAUUGGCCACGCUUCAAAAGUUUGCUUCUUCCAAGAAUUUCAAGAAGUUGAUCAGAGAUUAUGAUAUCGAAGUCCACACGAAAUCAAUAACGAAUGAAGUGUACAACGGCUCUAUUUCGGAUGAGAAUAAACAGGAAUUAUUGGAAUAUGAAGACUUAGUCAAUGGGUUGGGUCUCAUAAGUGAUUGGAAGAAAGCUCUUGCAAAUCAACCUUUGAACAAAAAAUCAUCAUUUUGGGAGUCGAAGGAGGUGCAAACCACAAUAGAGAACAUUAUUGGAACAUUAAACGGAUUGAUUUUCAAUUGGUUCAAUGGGUUGAUCAAAUCUUCUACUAAUGAUGAGGAUGUCCAAAUAUACAACGAGUUAAGAUCCAUUUACGUUCCAUACUUGAUCAUUGAGUUGUUGCAAAUUUACAAGAUUGCAAGAUUCAGAGAUUGGAAGUUCCUUAAAGGUGCCUACAAUAUCAUUAAUGAAAUCGCCAAAGAGGAGUCCAAUGACUUCUUGAAGUGUUUCUUGUCAUGUGGAAGACUAAAUGAAUUCUUGGUGAUAUCCGGAGAGAUUUUUGUGAUAGCCAGUGAAAAGGGUGCAGUUGGGAUUAGUGACCUCGCAUAAAAGCAACUUCGUUGCACCGUCUAUGGAAUUCAUCCAUUCUAGUAAUUAGAAUAUGUAAUAUAAAUAAAAGGUAAAAUAAUAUAUAAUAAUCCUACUUUUUGAAAAGCAGGCUGCCAG